AGGUGCUGAAUUGGACGGACGCUGAUGCAAUGCUUUGUUUGUGGUCUUGUCCAUUCCAUUUGUUGCGCGCGACGACGCGUGGGUAGCUGGUUUUGGGUUUAUCUUCUUGAGCAUGUUGUAGGGAAGGACAGAGCAGAGAAGUGGCCGAAUCGAAUUCGUGUUCUCUGUCACUGCUGAUGAUCUGACAUUGCUAUAGGAGCGAGUGAGGGCACGAAUUCGAGCUUUCAUCAACAACCAGGGCGUAUAUCACUUCGAUUACGAGGUCAUCAGCAUGUUGUCAGCUUGCAGGGCUGCGGCUGCUACCCUAAGGCUCUCGCGUGCCCCUAUUUCUCAUCCAGGCGCAGGAGCAGCAUGGACACAAUUAGGGCAACGAGCUGGCAUGAAAACUGCAGGCGACGAUACAGACACACAUGAUGAUUUUAAGCCCGUUGUGAAAGCAGAGAAUGCGACUCUGUCCGUUCAAGAACACAUAGAGAGGGACAUCAAGGACAACCGGGUAAUGGUAUACAUGAAGGGUGUCCCUGAAGCCCCUCAGUGCGGAUUUAGUGCGAUGGUUGUUCGUAUUCUACAAGAGUAUGGAGUGUCGUACAAUUCUAGAAACGUCUUGGCAGAUCCUCAACUUCGAGAUGGCAUCAAGCAGUUCAGUCGGUGGCCGACCAUUCCCCAAGUUUUCAUCAAUGGAGAAUUUGUUGGAGGUUCUGAUAUCCUCAUCAGUAUGCAUCGGUCUGGGGAGCUGGAAAGUUUAUUGAAAGAGACUAGCGCUAAGGAUACCAAGGAAACUUGAGUGCUCAAAGUAGGCAGGCUGAGACACUGGAUCUAGUGGAACUGUUCGGAGAGGUCGCUGCUUAUUCAAGUGACAGGUUCGCUCUAAUCCAAAAAGUGCGAAUGGAGAUCGAUCUAUUACAUAUGGUUUGCCGUCUUGUGUACGAAGCAGUAGACGGACCUGUUGUGUCCAGCCGACUCUGCCUGAUGUCGAUCUAGCUUCCCUACAUCAGCAGAGAGGUGAUGUAUUGUGGCUCUAUUUUCGUCGGCAUUGAGAUUCUAGAGAAAAUAUAGAAACUUGGGACGACAAAGUAAUGUGACCAGUUCGUCAUUUUUGUAGGCGGUGAGGCCAGCGGGAUCUGGUCUAUUUAAGUGUACAUUGUGUAAAAUAUACCGCCGUAAUUCCC